UUAUGCUUGGCAGAACGUGUACUGAAUCUCAAUUGUCUAGUGCUUCUUUGCUAUGCUUGAGAGGCUGCUGGUAUAUUUAUGGAUAAGUCAUAUGUAAUUUUUGGCUGCUGUGUUGAGGUUGUAUUGACCUGAUGUUGGCAAAGGCCGAGCAGUUUAUAAUUGGCACUUUGUGUUUGUGUUUGUACUUUUGUACAUGCUGUGUGUACACACCAGUACCAGUGCCUCCUCUUUUGGAGCUGAGGAAAGCUACUGCAAAUCAUACAUUCUAAAAUGUUUCUUUACAUCUUAAGCCACAUAUCACAAAAAUAGCUCUUGCCCUCUAUCUGGUAUAUUUAUGGAAGAAGAGAAAGUCAAGCACCCAAAGCCUGAAGUAAGAUGUGGCUUGUGAAGAUCAUUCCAAUUCUUUCCUGUUUACUCGAGAACGUGCACUCACCCUACGCUGAACCCUACUGGUGCCCUGUGGCUUGUGAAGAUCAUUCCAAUUCUUCCUCAAUUGAAUAUUAAAAAAGAUAUUUUUGUUUACUCUCUCUCUCUCUCUCUCUCUCUCUCUGCUGUUGAAUUUGAACUGCAGGGCAUAGAAUUCCCUUGUCUUGUUCCUCGAGUACUUCUGCUUCUUCAUCAAAGAUAUUGUCAGAAGAUGCUGUGGUGGCUGCACCUCCUCCACCUCCACCACGACCACCUCCCCCUUUGCUGGAUACUGGCAACAUCAACUAUAGGGAUGGCGCUAUUAAACCCACAUCUUUACCUCUACCGCCUCCACCUAUAAUGCCUCCAAAGCCUGUUGCAGCAAAUUUGGUUAUGCCAUUGCCUGCACCACCGCCACCUGGCCCCCCGCUGAAAAAACAAAAUGUGAAUCACCUUCCACCUCCCCCACUCCAAUUGUCUGCCCAACCACCUCCACCUGGUGUCAGUGGAGAUGAAAAGGAGAUAAACCAACCUGCAUUGUUAGAUGGUUUGACUUCCAAGGAGCAUGCAGGUGUGUACCAUGCUUCCUCCUCCCCCACUUGGGCUGCCAAUGAAGUCAAGUAACCAGACCGAAGGUGCAUCAUCUGAUGCUGACACCAAUAAUUUUUCAGCAACCAAGGAUCUCUCAAAAUUGGUUCCACCUCCACCCCCUCCAAGGCAACAACCUCCAGUACCUGGACCGCUCACAACUUUACAGUCGGAUGUAUUACCAACUGGAAUAUCUAGUCAUCCCCCCACCACUGCCUCCUCUAGAUAUGCGGCCUCCAUUAGUUGGUCCUGGACUUGCCGGCCUUGCAGGACCUCCUGGAGUUAUGCAUCUGCUAAUGCCAAGGUCGUAUGGUCCUCCGGGGCCUCCCCAAAUGAUGAGACCACCACAUCCACCGGGUCCUCCACCUACCUUCCAAGAAGAUGAGCAUGCUACUAAUAGGCCAACUGCUCCUCAGAAAUCUUAUAUUUAUAAAUCUGCUGCAUCUACUGUUGUUAAGAGACCACUAGCUCAGUACACUACAGAACUUAUAGGUAUGGCUAGUUGAUCCUCCUUUCCUAGUUAUUUAUUGUAUUUGUGUGUUUAUAACACCAACCCACCCCCCCCACCCAAGUUUUGGUUUUGAACACUAAGGUGAAUCUUAUUCUGAAUUUGUAUGUUAAUAAACCAUUGUUGGUAUACUGGUGCACAAACACGCAAUAGAUUUUUUGCAUGCAUGAAGAGGUAUGAUAUCAAAGCUUGGCAUUGUAAUGUAAUUUAUGGAGAA